AUGGCGCAAUUAUCGGACCUUCCGGACGAAGUAAUUCUUGCCAUUGUUAAUUAUAUGGAAGCAGAAAAGGGGCAGAGAAAUUUGAGAAAUUUGAGAAAUUUGCCAUUUUACAAAUGGGCCGAUUUCUUUGACUACGCGAUUCGACGAGAUCAACCGCAACAAAACAAAGAUUUACGCUCCUUAUACUUGGUCUCACGUCGCUUCCACCAGCUGCUGAAACAAAACUAUUACGAAAAUAUCUGCGUCCGCGAAGGUCCAUUCCACAAUCAGCCCCUGAGUCUAGAUCGGCUGAAGCGCACACUUAGAGAUGAACCGAAUCUUCAAACAUUUAUUAUUUCCGCACUUGUUCCUUGCACAACCUCAUUAUACGACUUUUUUUGUUUUUACUGGUUUCCCAACAUCCAGACACUCAGUUUUCUCCGCUUCAAUGCCAUGGAUCCUUUGGAAGACGAAAGUGGCCUGCGCCAAUUUAGCGGCAAGUCGCCGGUCAAAGCCCUGAAUUUGAUACGCUGUGGGGCUCAGGAGGAGGCACUAGCUGCUAUACUAAGCUGGCCAGCCGCGCUAGAAGUGCUCCAUUAUGACGCCGAACAAGGGGAGUGGGGUGACUUUUAUAAUGAGCCUGCCAAAAGGUGGACAUGCGCUGCUUUUGUGCGAGCGUUGCAGCCACAAAGGGGGUCCUUGAAGGAAUUGACUCUUACCCGGCCUUGGCUUGACCAUGAAGGAUUGUUCAUGGGACCACGCAUCCACCUAAGAGAUUUCACAGCUCUAACUACAUUGCGUAUUUACCAUGUCUUCUUAUGCGGAGAAGAUGAUUCUCUCGAGGCCUGGAGAAGCCUUCCUCGUUGCCUAGAGGAGCUCGAGAUAUUUUAUGAUGACUCGGUUCUCACGACCUUCGAAGAAGACGAGUUUCUGUUGGGCCUGCUGGUGCAUAAAAAGGAAAAAUUACCCCAUCUACGCAGAAUAUCUAUUGUGUCGCCUGAAGCUAUAUGGGACACUGAAGAGGAAGAAUUCAAGCCUGCCGGACGAUGGUCACCACCGCCUCCUCUGGCGUACGCGCUUCAAAUAGCAGGUCUGGCUUUGGACGUUCAGUUGGGUAUUGAAAUCUGA